AUGUUAACAUAAUUCAACAGAUUAAUUUUGGAGUAGUGUUACAAUAUAUAGUAUAGUAUACUAUAGUAGUAGUAUAUGUUACAGUAGGGAAUAAAACACAACCUAAAAGCCUUUCUGAAGCUGUGAGUUAGUUAAAACGUGUGCUUUGCUAGUGGUUACUACUCAGGUCCAGGUCCGGCCACGUCUCAGACGCAGGCGGCUGUGGGACGUGGCCGGACCUGUCCUGGCAGAACGACCCCCACCCGUAGCCUCAGGAGAGAUCCCACCCACCCACAAAUGUCCAGCGCUCCUCUGUCCAGGCGAGUAAACGCUCCUGCAGGAUCAGAGGAUCAAACAUGGGAGUUUAAAUGGGGAGAAUUCAAAGUUUAGUUCAAAAAUAAAGACAUCGAACCAGGAAACCAUCAGAAGGACCCAGAAGAGCAAAAGCUGCACAAUGAAGACUUUGGACAAAGUGCAAGGGAGGACUGAACUUCUGAAGCACACGGUUGAUAAAAUCUCAGACUCGAGUGGGGAGAAAGCGUUUGAUGAAGGCAACCAGGAGGUCGGGACACGUUACGAGCCGAGCGGACGGUCCAGUGUGGCUGCAGGAGGUGAAGCUGAGUCCUACUCCGCGGCCGGCAGCGACGGCAGCAGGGCCCCGUCGUGCUCCGGGCCCCACCAGGCCUCGGGCGGCUCCAGCCCCGGCUCGCGCGGCUCGUCGUCGGCGUCGCGGCGGCCCGUCAGCGCCCUGAAGCGCUGGCUCAGCAGCCCCGUCCGCAGGCUCAGCGCCGACGCCCGCGGAGCGGCGGGGAAGACGGAGAGGCAGGCGCCGAGGCCGGACCGGAGGCCGGCGCGGGCGGAGGAGCGGCCCGGGUCCGUGGGGCCCAGCCAUAAGGACGCCGUCCGGUCCAGUGGAACCAUGGCGUGUAAAGGUGUGUCGGCGCCGGCAGAUCCGUCGAGUCAGAACUACUUGUCCGACCUCCUGCAGGACAGCGACGCACAGACUCUGGAGCAGGACGACUGUGCUGCGACGGACGCCGGCGAAGAGGAGCGAAGCGUCGCCCUAGAGAAGAGCUUGUACGUGCUGACGGAGCUGAUAGAGACCGAGAGGCUGUACGUGGAGGAUCUGGGCCUGAUCGUGCAGGGCUACAUGGCCUCCAUGAGCAGCCAGGGCGUUCCCGAGGACAUGAAGGGGAAGGACAGGAUUGUUUUUGGAAACAUCCACCAGAUCUACGAUUGGCACAAGGAUUAUUUCCUGGGAGAGCUGGAGAAGUGUGUGGACGAGCCCGACAACCUGGCCCAGCUCUUCAUCAAACACGAGCGACGCCUUCACAUGUACGUGGUUUACUGUCAGAACAAGCCCAAGUCGGAGCACGUCGUCUCCGAGUACAUCGACACGUACUUCGAGGAUCUCAGGCAGACGCUGGGCCACAGGCUGCAGCUCAACGACCUGCUCAUCAAGCCCGUCCAGAGGAUCAUGAAGUACCAGCUGUUGCUGAAGGACUUCCUCAAGUACUACAGUAAAGCAGGAAGAGACACCGAGGAGCUGCAGAGGGCCGUGGAGGUGAUGUGCUUCGUGCCGAAGCGCUGUAACGACAUGAUGAACGUGGGCCGGCUCCAGGGUUUCGAGGGUAAGAUCACGGCGCAGGGCAGGCUGCUGCAGCAGGACACGUUCUCCGUCAGCGAGCAGGAGGGCGGCCUCCUGCCGCGCGCCCGGGAGCGCCGGGUCUUUCUGUUCGAGCGGCUGGUGGUCUUCAGCGAGCCCGCGGACCGGGGGAGGGGCUUCCUGGCUCCGGGGUACACGUUCAAGAGCAGCAUCAAGGUCAGCUGCCUGGGCGUGGAGAAGCCGUGCGAGGAGGACCCGCGCCGCCUGGUGCUGACCUCCAGGGGCACCGACGGCAGCGUGGCGCGCUUCGUCAUGCAGGCGCCGUCGCCCGGCGUGCAGCGAGCGUGGCGCGGCGACGUGCUGCAGAUCCUGGAGAGCCAGAGGAACUUCCUCAACGCGCUGCAGUCGCCCAUUGAGUACCAGCGCCGGGAGAACAAGUCCCACAGCCUGGGGCGCAGCACCACGCGGCCCCACUCCUCGGCGUCCAUGGACCGGAACCGGCCGCCGUGCCUGCGGUCCCACAACGCCUCCCUGCCCUCGCUGCACCCGCGCCCGCACGGCCCCGGCGCCAAGCAGCGCAGUCUGUGCACGGAGGCGUCCGGUGGUCGGCCGCGCUGCAGCCAGAACAGCACACAGGUACCAGAUCAGGAUAUGACUUCCAGCUUCCAGGGAACCGCAUGCAGUGAGGGAGGGGAUGACACAUAAACUGAGUCAGGGUGCUGUCAGUUCUGCGUGACGGCCGCCUCCAUGUUUUGUUCUAGUGUCCGUCUUCAUCUCGCUUUCUGUGUGGUGCGGACACAGAGCCAUCCCCUUGGUUUGACUGUGUGGCGCAUACAAGCACCCACAGGUGCCGAUGACAAUAGAGAUUCAUCCAAAAGUUGGCUUUGAGGCACUACACUUUUACUUCAUCAUGUACAGUGUGUGUACAUUUCUUACUUUUUCCAUUUAAAUAGCUUAAUAAUUAUUUUUGUAAUGCGUUGUUCACCAGGGGAAAAAUCUGCUUCAUUCUCCAGAAGUGGGCUCUCAGAUCCCACAGGGCACAAUGUCUUGAAACGACUGAUGUUUCCUGCGUGACUGUGACUGCUCCAUUGUGGGAUCCAAAUCCUUAGCAGUUGUGAAGUAGAUUUAUUCUGUCCCUGCAGCAACGUGAAUGUUUUAGUCCCUCUGAUGGUCUUUUUUAAACCCAGCCACUGAGCUUUGUUUGUACUCACUCAGGGUGAGGGAGACAAAGAGAAAUGUUAAUCUGUCAUCACAUAAAUGUAAAUAAACUCACGUGAAAUGACACGGUCACAGAGUAAUAAAAGAGAAAUGUUCUUCGGGUA